AUGAGCGGGUUUUCGGGAAAGGGAAGCAAGGCUAAGGGGUCGGGAGGCGGGAAGGGAUCUAAAGUAAAGGGUGCUAGCAAUGAGGCUCAGGGUGGGAAGGGUGCUGGAGCGGCAGGGGGGACCGGCAAAGGCGGCAAGGCUACUGCCGCCGCCGCCGAGUCCUCGGGCAAGGGCAAGGGGGGCGGCGGCAAGGGGAAAGGGGAGCGCAAGGGCGGGGCGGCGCCAGCGGAGCUGACCGCCAAGCAGGCGAAGUCGAAGCGGAAGGCCGAGCGCGCGGCGAUGGAGGCCGCUCGAAAGGGAGAAGUGGAAAGCAUGAUGAAGGGUUCUUCGGCCCCUACAACGGCAUCUGAGGGUUUCUACACCGUACGAGGCGGCGUGGGAGACGUCGAUAGGCAUCCGUGGCUAGGCGUCGCGGAGACCCAAACGACGCAGGUAUUUGACUCGGAUGAGGAUGGCCGAGAAGGCGAGGAUGGAGGUGUUGGCGACGAUGACGACGACGUGGUGUACGAUAAGUUCGGCAACGUCAUGGACAAGGCUGCCGCGGAAGAGGCCGCGCUGCAGGAGUUGCGGGAGGCAGCGCGCGUGGCCAGGGCUGCCAAGGAGAAGGCUGCGAAGGAGGCUAAGGCCGCUGCUUCGGGCUCUGGCGGUGCCCAAGAGGACCAAGACGAUGGCGCCACCGACUACGGCUCCAAGCUGGACAAGCAGAUGGACGCAGCGGCGGCCAAGCAAAAGGCGGGGGGGCGCUUGACCAACAAGGAGAAGAAGCUUCUCAAGAAACUGGAGGAGAGAGAAGUCGCCAGGACGGCCGCUGAGACGAGGUCGAACCAGGGCCUGACCGCCUUCAGCCUGUCCAUGAGGCCGGGCGGCGGGGGCGGUGGCGAGAUGACCGCCGCCGAGGACGGUUCGACGGACGUUUCCGUGCUAGGCUUUUCGAUCGCGGCUCCGAAGCGCGAGCUCCUGAGGGACGCCGACCUACGCCUCGCGGCCGGCAAGCGCUACGGCCUCCUGGGACCGAACGGCCGAGGGAAGUCGACCCUCCUCAGGUUCUUGGCGGCGAGAGAGCUACCGGUACCCGCUGCCGUUGACGUGCUGCUGGUGGAGCAAGAGGCGGAGGCGUCGGAGCGUCCGGUGGUGCAGCAGGUCCUGCUGGCCGACGAGAGACGAAGGGAGCUCCUGGAAGAGGAGGCGUCGCUGCUCAAGCAGAUGGACGCCGCGGAGGCAAGAGAGGACGACGGAGAUAUCGGAGAUUUCGGAGACGGGGGAAGCGAGAGCGGCGGCGACGCGGAAGGGGAGGGUCAGGGGGGGCACUGGGACGACGACAUGUGGGCUGCCAAGAGCAAGAGGCUGGCCCAGGUGGCGUCAGAGCUGGAUGCCAUCGGGGCGGACGCGGCGGAGGGAACCGUCCGCAAGAUCCUGACGGGGUUGGGCUUCACGGACGAGAUGCAGGACGGCCCCACGACCAUCUUGAGCGGGGGGUGGCGCAUGCGCGUCUCCCUCGCGAGGGCCCUGUUCGUCGAGCCCAAGCUCCUCCUCCUCGACGAGCCGACGAACCACCUCGACCUGCACGCGGUGCUGUGGCUGGACGACUACCUCGCCAGGAAGUGGAAGACCACCCUGCUCGUCGUGUCGCACGACCAAGACUUUCUCGACAGCGUGUGCACCGACAUCGUCCACCUUCACGAGAUGGGUCUGAAGUACUACGGGCACGGCGUCGACCGCUUCCGAGAGAUGCUUGGGCAGGUGAACGUGAAAGCGGAGAAAGACUACAAGCUGCAGGAGAAGGAGAUCGCCGCCCUCAAGAGAAAGGGGAAUUCCGGGUCGAAGGCGGAAGAGGCGGCCUUGAAGAAGAUGGGCCGCACCAGCCUCAUGGACAGGCCGAAGGAGUACACGGUCAAGUUCAUGCUUUCAUCGCCAGAGGACCGGGUGCCUUCCAUAUCGGUGCUGGACGUGUCCUUCGGCUACAGAGACGACCGCGCCGCCCUCUUCCAGGAUCUUCGAUUCAAGGUCGACACGGAUACCAGAGUGGCUAUCGUGGGGCCUAACGGUGUCGGAAAAUCCACUCUGCUGAACCUCUUGUCGGGAAAGCUGGAGCCUUCGUCCGGAGAGGUGACUCGGCACCGUCACCUCAGGAUAGGCCGUUAUGACCAGCACUUCCACGAGUUGCUGCCGCAGGGCAAGAGCCCGUGCGACUUCCUGAGGUCGGAGUACGACGUCCCCGAGCAACAGGCCAGAAAGGUGCUGGGGCAGUUCGGGCUCGAUGGCGCGAGACACCUGAUCCCUAUCGCCGAGCUGUCGGGAGGGCAGAAAGCGAGGGUGGUGUUCGCGUCGCUGUCUAUGUCUCAGCCGCACAUCCUGCUCCUCGACGAGCCCACCAACCACCUCGACAUGGAGAGCGUGGACGCGCUGAUCAGGGGCAUCCAGGAGUACAAGGGCGGGGUCGUCCUCGUCUCCCACGACGCGAGGCUCAUCGCCGCCACAGAGUGCGAGCUUUGGGUGUGCGAAGGCGGCGGGCGGGUGAACGUUCACCGUCAAGGCUUCGAGCACUACCGCAGGUCCCUCCUGCGAGACAUCGCCAACGCGGAGGCGAGGGUCGAGGCCGCCGCCGCCGCGCGGGCCGCCCGGCGAGCCAAGGAGCGGGCGGACCGGCUGGGCAAGCACACGCGCAGGGGCGCACAGGCGCAGUUCUCGAAGCUUGGUCUCGGGAAGGGCAAGACUGAGGAGGAGGAGGUGGAGGCCCGUAGUACGGAGGUCAGGAAGAAAGCGGUGGCAUCGGUGUUCGGAAAGAAGAAGCGUUGAGUUACUACGCAGUACUGCACAAGUAUUGAGCAUAAAAGGUUGAGCAUUAAAGGUUGGAGGGCUGAUUUGUCUCUUUGGGCGGGGGGCGUUAUGUGGUGCGGGGAGAACGAUCGUAACCGUUUUCCGACGUAGGGGGUUGCUUGGCGUUGGUUUGUGCUUUUGAAGUGACAAACGGCGAGAGAUGAUAAUAAGGAGUUGCGAGACCUGGGUUGCCCGAGUGCUGGCUGUUGUCUGAAACAGGGGGUGUGGGUGGGGACCCACUUUUGCCUUAGAACCCAGCAAACCACCGGGCUACAUGCCAAUGUGUGUGAUCGACCGCGACGGUAAUUGUGACCGCCGAUAGAACGAAGUGAACAGACCAUUCUGCAAGAAACACGCUGCAGCGUAUGUAUCGUCUCGUGAACUGGCUUGAGCAGGACGUUAGGUGCUUGGGCUUUUGGACCGUCCGCGUGGGGAGGAUUUUUCGGGUAAAUUUCUGGGUCAGUUUUUCCUGUGUACUGUACCACCAAAAUUUGUUUGGCACCGAAAUAUACCCCCCCGGUUU